AAGAAUGUGUGGCCUGGGAGGCAAGAGGGCAGCUACCUACCUGCUGAAAGAGAACUUUCUGGAUAUCCCUGCAUAUAUAUAAGCUCAGCUCUGCCUUUGAUGUUCAGCAACCGAUCACUGAUCAGAUUACAGGCAUUUCAUCUCCCUGCUCGUCUGUCUUUGAUCUGCAUGGUUAAUUUCAUUUUCUUGGAUUUGAAGUUUUGUCUGGGCUUGUGCUGACACACAUUUUUUGGGAGGUGGAAGCAUUUGGCACAGAAGUGCUGCCAAGGAGAGACUAAGCUGCCGAGGGUGAGUUCUGGGAAGAACUGGCAGUUGCAGAACCCUACGGGAAUAUAUUUGAUAAGUGCAAUGGCUUUCAAAGCACUACAAGAACAAGAGAAAACAUUUUUCACCAUUGUCCUUUUACUAGGCUAUCUGUCAUGUAAAGUGAUUUGUGAGACCGGAGACUGCAGACAACAAGAAUUCAAAGAUGGGGCUGGGAAUUGCAUUCUCUGCAAACCAUGCGGGCCAGGCAUGGAGUUGUCUAAGGAAUGUGGCUUCGGCUAUGGGGAGGAUGCACAGUGUGUGACAUGCCGGCCGCACCGGUUCAAGGAGGACUGGGGCUUCCAGAAGUGCAAGGCAUGCCUGGACUGUGCUCUGCUGAACCGCUUCCAGAAGGCCAACUGCUCGGUCACCAGCGAUGCCGUCUGUGGGGACUGCUUGCCGGGGUUUUACAGGAAGACUAAACUUGUCGGUUUUCAAGACAUGGAGUGUGUGCCCUGUGGAGACCCUCCUCCUCCCUAUGAACCCCACUGUACCAGCAAGGUCAACCUUGUGAAGAUCGCAUCCACAGCCUCCAGCCCUCGGGACACAGCCCUGGCUGCAGUCAUCUGCAGUGCUCUGGCUACCGUGCUGCUGGCCCUCCUCAUCCUCUGCGUCAUCUACUGUAAGAGACAGUUCAUGGAGAAAAAACCCAGCUGGUCUCUGAGAUCACAGGACAUCCAGUACAAUGGCUCUGAGCUGUCGUGCUUUGACAGACCCCACCUCAGCGAAUAUGCUCACAGGGCAUGUUGCCAGUGCUACCAGGACUUGGCCCAGGCCUACGGGCCCGUCCAUCUGAUCCCGUCCUUGUGCUGUGAGGGGACCUGUGGCACUGACCGGACGGUGCUGGGCUGUGGGGUGCAUUCUGUGGCCACCCUUCAGGAGAGAAACGCAGCUCCAGUCGGGGAGACGAUGCCGAUGUUCUUUGCAUCCCUGUCACGCUCCGUCUGUGGCAAGUUUUCCGACGCCUGUCCUCUGAUGCAAAAUCCCACGGGUGGUGAUGACAUCUCUUUUUGUGACUCUUAUCCUGAACUCACUGGAGAAGAGGUUCAUUCUCUCGAUCCAGAAAACGAAAGCUCAACAUCUUUGGAUUCAAACAGUAGUCAGGAUUUGGUCUGUGGAGCUGUUUCAGUUCAAGCUCUCUCUGCAGACUUCACAGACACUGCUGACUUACUUAGACACAGCAGCACAGUGACAGAGCCUACACUGGUUCAGGAUGCACUGCCUACUAGAAGCCAGCUGGAUCCAGAGGGCAGUGAGCCUGUGGGCCUAGCCAUAUCCCUCCAGGAAGCCUAAAGGCCAUCAUCUUCCAGCAAUAGAAAUGUGUGUGGAUCAUAAAGGGCACCCCCCGUUACACUUAUGGAUUGAGCAGUCUGGACCCUGCAAAGGCUUCUGGGGGAAAAAUAAAUCUGAACCAAACUGACGGCAGUUUAAGCCUUUAGCCUUCAGCCUUUCAACCAGUUGUUUCUGAGCCAGACCAGCUGUAAGCUGAAACCUCACUGAAAAGCAAGAAAAGUCCCCAGGCAGACUGGUAAUCCUGGGCAUCUUCCCUGAAUAAAAAGCUUCUUGGAUACAAGGGUGACUUCAAAGACUGAUGAGUUGAGUUUGCAGUUGUGGACGUAUAACAAGACACAGCAGGACAUCUGUGCCUAUUUUCAUGGUAUGAUUUUACAAGACUGGUGACCAGGAGUAUAAAUUGUCACUGACAUUUUCUUUCCAAAACUAAUCGUAUACAGCUUGUUAUCCUGCUAAAAGUCCAUGUCAGAUUCAGGAUGUUUUUUGUAUAGGGUGGGCUCAAAAAUGAGUAUUACUCUUGGGGAAGAUCAUGUUUUCAUCAUCUGAGGCUAAUUGGCUUAGGUGGUUAGAACUGGUUAGAACCACCUGCCUCAAUCUUAGGUUUAUUAGAUGAAAUCAAGAGUCCUAACCAGGAAUUAGCUGUUUUGGAGGAGAACAGCGCUUUUCCAGAACCUACACUUCUGACCUUGGACUCUAGCUCAUGGAUGCCCACUAGUGCUGGUAGGAAAAGGGCCCUGGGUUACGCAGUGUGGUCUGGAAAGGGCAGCCCUUCACCCUGAUUUCAAAACCACUAACAGGGCCAGGGAUUUAGCUCAGUGGCAUCGAGCCUGCCUGGCAAGUGCAAGGUCCUGAGUUCGAUCCCCGGUACCAAAAAAAAAAAAAAACACCACACACGUAUUCUAGAAUGUGGAUGCACAGGUUAGUGUAGACGUGUUAAAAUGAGUUGACACAAAAGCAUUUGUUACAUCUGCCCCUGGGUCUGAGUGUAGAAGGUCCAGGAUUUCUUUUAUAGAAAAGAGGCAUUUAUACACAUAGUGACCUUGUUUGCAUUGUAUCUUAUACUACAGGCUUUAGAAAUUUCAGCAUAUCAGGUUCCUCUACUACUGAAGUAGUCUUUGGCAAGAAUACACUUGAUAUUAGAACCAGAAGGAAAAGCGCAAUUUGUAGAUGCUAUUUAGGAGAACUAGCAAAAUACAUUUUGACCAGGACAUUACUGUGUUCCCUCAGAUCUUGGAGAAUUUUUCAACACAUAAUCUCCUAUUGUGGUCAGAUGAUGUUGGAUAUAAGUGUCUGAGGCUUCUGUUAAAGUAUUCCAUCUCUGCAUGUUGCACCAGUUUGUCCUCAGGCGAAAAAAAAAAAAUGAACUCAGUCCAGUCAUGAAGCAGGGGAUGCCUCAUUUGCUCUUCAUCUUUAUGCCCUAGAGAAGACUUAAUUGAGCAGGACAGUUAUUUUCCUGUUACAACCUACGUGAUUAGAUUUUGCCUUUGUCUUUUAACUGCUUGCUUUUAGCUCUGCCACAUGUACACUUACAAAAAUAAACAGACCUGCACAUGUACAUGUCCGUGUGUUAAAGGGCCGCUAAGGUAUCUGUUUGCAAAUUUCCCUGCCCAAAUCGGUAGGUAUCUUUUAACGAACAUUUAAACUGAAAAUUAAAAUUAAUCUGUUUUUCUUACAUCAUUUUUAUCUUCUCACUUACAACCUCAACAUUUUCUCUCUUUGUAAGAGAUUAGUAAAACUUGGUGAGCCUUCUUUCUUCCCUGUGGCCAUUUCUGUCCACAUAAUUUUAGGUGCUAAUGUGGGUAUAGUGGUUUGCCUGUGUCUGAUUACGUCUCGAUGAUUUCAAUUCCUUUACCAGAAGUAGGAAAUGAGAAGCCCAGAAUCUUUGAUACCAUCCUACUGCCCAGUCAUAAUUGACUGACGUUUUCUUUUUUUUUUCUCUUCGUUUUCUUUUUUGCAUGAGGCAGUGGUUCUUAAACUUCGGUAGUCACCAACUCUUAUGAGAACUCUCUUUAGGAAACUCUUAUAAAAUAUUUAGGAUUUGACUACAAGGCAUUUAUGAAAAUGCAAGUCAAGUUUCCUUGAGUGGCUUCCCUACAGUUUACAUGUGUGUGUCACUGUUUGCAAUCUGAUCAUCUCUAUUAUGACAAGAGGGGUGAUCAAAGUCGGUAGGGUGGUAUUUCCUUGUGUAAUCUGAAUAUAUUUUCCAUAUGCACAGCCCUGAUUCACUUCAAACACAGAUACUUCCUAAGAAAGCCAGACUGAUGGGAUUGAGACUUUGGCCCCAAAUCAUGAAACAUCACUUUUAAUCAGUAGAGAAGGGCUUAGGGUUGAAAAGUGAUUUCAUUUGAAUACUGCAUUUGAAAACUCUUGUGCUUUUUUUUUUUUUAAUCAAAUGGAGAGACACCUUACCACUACCUACUCUAGAAACAUAUAAUAGUAUUGUAUUUUACAUUCUUUAUGAACACUUGAGAAAAUAAUCCAAUUUGCAUUUCCCAUUAUUGGAACCCUCUGCCCUGCACCAUAAGCUUUGCUGCUACUGCGCUCAUGUGGAGACACCCACUUGGAGAGAUCUACAGUCCAGGCAUCUUUGCUGGUUCACACGGUGCAGAAGCUACAAGGAUUUCAAGAAUAACCACAGCAACUCAUGGUUUUUAAAUUUUAUGUAUAUGGAGCAUAUUUCUAAAAUAUGGACUUUUCUACUUUAGAUAAAGUGUGAAUGUUGCUGUCACUUAGAUGAAGCCCUGCCAUCUGUGCUGGCAAAGAAAAAGAAAGGAAAAUGAAAGGAACAAAGACAUUGCUUUGAGGUAGUUUGUAUCAAUUUAGAAUUCAUUAUAACUUUUUGCAUACUGGAAUUUGUAAAUUGUCAUUUUCCUACACAAGUAGUUUGUUACACUUUCUUAUUUGUGAAUAAAAUUGAUACUAGUUAUUCUUA